AUGUUCGACCUCGUUCGCGACUCGACGUUCGGCCAAAUCGUCAACUGGGCGUCCAAGGGCCGCCUCUUGCCCUACGCCGACCAGCGCAGCGACUAUGUCGUCCCUGCGCGGUACCUGAGCCGUCAAGAACCGUCGCCGUUCCCGCGCACCGUCUCGCAGGCGCCGACUCUCGAGAGCGGCGCCGUCACGCUCGUCGACGCCUCGGGCGUGUGCGCCGAGCAGAAGCAGCUCGGCAGCGACGCAGGCGACGUCGAGAAGCAGGCGCAGCUCGACUCGGGCGCCAUCGAGCCGCCGUCGGCGCGGUACCCGUGGCUCGUCGACUUUGAGGAGAACGACCCGGACCGUCCUCUAAACUGGUCGUCGCGCAAGCGCCUCUUUGUCGCGAGCCUCAUCUCGCUCCUCACGUUCUCGGUCUACGUCGGCAGCGCCAUCUACACGUCUUCCAUCCCGGGCAUCAUGAGCGAGUUCGGCAUCGGCCAGGUCGGCGCGACGGCCGGCCUCACGCUGUUCGUCGCAGGCUACGGCAUCGCGCCCAUGGUCCUGUCGCCGAUGCAGGAGAUCCCGAGAUGGGGCAGGUUGCCCGUCUACAUGAUCGGCCUCGCCCUGUUCGUCGUCUUCCAGAUCCCCCAGGUCCUCGCCAAGAACGUCGCGACCAUCCUCGUCUUCCGCUUCCUGUCGGGCACCGUCGGUUCGCCGGCCCUCGCGACUGGAGGAGCGAGCAUGGGCGACAUCUUUGCGCCAAAGCAGCUCGCGAUCGCAAUUGGCGCCUGGUCUAUGGGCGCCGUCUGCGGCCCGAUCGCCGGCCCCGUCAUCGGUGGCUUCGCGGCGCAGGGCAUGAACUGGCGGUGGCCGCUGCUCGAGCUCCUGUGGAUCUCGGGUUUCGCGUUCGUCGUCCUCUUCUUCGCCUUUCCCGAGACGCUCGAGUCGACGAUCCUCAUCCGGCGCGCCGAGCGACUGCGCAAACUUACGGGCAACACGCUGCUCAAGGCGCCGGCCGAGGUCGACGCCGGCGAGGACGACAAACUCGGCCACGUUCUCAAGGAGACGAUCUCGAGGGCGUUCCGCCUCGCCGUCGAGCCUUCUCUCGCGGUUUGCCAUUGCUACAUCGCCCUCGUGUACGCGAUCUUCUACCUCUGGUUCGAGGCCUUCCCUCUCACGUUCAACGAGAUCCACCACUUCUCGCUCGGCGUCGGCGGCCUGCCGUACCUCACCUUCAUCGUCUCGGCCGCUAUCACGUUCACGGGCUACUGCCUCUACCAGAAGUACCACCUCAACCCGAGGAUGGAGCGCGACCCGAACCUCAAGCCCGAAGCUCGCCUCGAGAUCGCCCUCAUCGCCGCGCCGUUCAUCCCCCUGUCGCUCCUCAUCUUCGGCUGGACCGCUCGUGAGAGCGUGCACUGGAUGGUGCCUGUCGUCGGCGCCGGCCUCUACCUGCCCGGCAUCUUCCUCGCCUUCCAAGGCAUCAUGGUCUACGUCGCCAUGAGCUACCCCAAGUACGCCGCCAGCAACCUGGCGGCCAACGACCUCUUCCGCUCGACCAUCGCGUCCGCCUUCCCGCUUUUCGGAGCUCGGUACUUCACCGUCCUCGGAAUCGGCCCUGGCUCGACGCUCUUGGCCGGCGUCUCGAUCCUCAUGAUGCCGCUCCUCUGGCUCAUCAUCAAGUACGGCCCAGUCCUCCGAGCGCGGUCCAAGUUCGCGCAAGCUUGAGCUACCAUGCUCUGUCUCGUCCUCUUUGAUAGACCCACCCUCUCUCUCAUCCCCCGUACCUACUUGGUCUUUCCUGCCUCGUCGCUGCGCGCAGCUCGUCGCCGUACGCAGCUCGUCGC